ACUGGAAGCAGAGCGACUUCCUGAAGUGAGUCACAGCCCGUAACUUCCUGGACGGUCAGAUCACGGUUCCUAUGUUAAUCAUGAAGAAACUGUAGGCACGCUGCCUUCCAGUACUGACGGCGUUGAGCCGCUAACUGCUGCCACCAUGCGCUUGUGCUCCUUGGAUAUUACUCUAUUUUUAGUGAUUGUAUCUGUAGGUUCAUUCGUCACAAGUGAACGCAGGCUUUCUCAUGUGAAGGACUACACUGUUGUCAGACCGCAGAAACUCGCCAUUCGUGCCAAACGAAACUUGUCCUCGGAAAAGGAAUAUCCAGACAAGCUGCGGUAUGCAUUGUCUAUUGAGGGAGAAGACUAUAUAUUCAACCUGGAAAAAAACAGGUUUCUGUUAGGAAAGGAUUAUACAGAAACAUACUAUUUGGAUAAUGGAACUGAAGUCACAGUAUUACCAAAUGAUGAGGACCACUGUUAUUAUCAUGGGGACGUUCAAGAUAUUAAAGACUCUGCAGUUAGUGUGGGCUUGUGCUCUGGAAUGAGGGGUUUCGUGAGGGCUAAGCAGACAGUAUACUUCAUCGAACCUUUGGCCAACUUCACAGAGGGCGACCAUGCCAUUUACAAAGAAGAGCAUCUGAGAAGAAAGAGAUCCUCGUGUGGUCACUACAACAAUACUUACUAUGACCAUGGGCCCAGAGUCUCUGGGAUGUUUAAGCCCAGUGUUUGGAAAAGCAAUUCACUUUUCAAUGGAGAACAAUUUGUCGAGAUGUUUUUGGUGGCUGACAAUGCAGAGUAUAGAAAAUGUGAUGGGAAGAUGGAAAAAGUAAAAGCAAGAAUGCUGGAAGUAGUAAAUCAUGUUGACAAGCUGUAUCGCCCUCUAAACAUUCAUGUAGUGUUAGUAGGUCUGGAGGUUUGGUCUCACAUGGACAAGAUUUAUGUCAGCACUAAUCCUGACACAACCUUGACAAAUUUUCUCCAGUGGAGACAGAACAGCCUUAUCAAUAAGAGAAAACAUGACAAUGCACAACUUGUCACUGGUAUUGAUUUUGAUGGAGAUACUGUGGGUUUGGCAAACAAAUUUGCAAUGUGUGAAUACGGCUCUGGGGCGGUGAAUCAGGAUCAUCAUGUAAAUUCUAUUGGUGUAGCUUCGACAGUUGCGCAUGAGAUGGGUCACAACUUGGGUUUGUCACAUGACACUUCUGAUUGUUCCUGUGGCACAUCAUCAGGCAAUAGAAACUGCAUUAUGGCAGAUCGUGUUGGAUCCAUCUUCCCAGAGACAUUCAGCAGCUGCAGUAAAACUGAGCUGAGUCAGUUCCUACAGCAGUAUAACCCUCGAUGCCUGUUGAAUAACCCAGGCCCCGUGAUUUGUGGCAAUGGUUACCUGGAGCCAGGAGAGGAAUGCGACUGCGGCACCCCGCAGGAUUGCAAUAAUGCCUGUUGUAACGCCACCACAUGCCGACUGACUAAAGGAUCUCAAUGUGCAUCUGGAGGGUGCUGUGAGAAUUGCCAGCUCAAGCGUUCCGGAAGCCUGUGCAGAAAAUCUGCAAAUGACUGUGACUUGGAGGAAUAUUGCACGGGCACAUCAGCAGAAUGUCCAAAGAAUGUGUUUAAGAUGAAUGGGAUUCCUUGCAACUUCAACCAAGGGUACUGCUACAAUGGUCAAUGCCCAACGCUCCUUCAGCACUGCAAACGAUUGUGGGGUUCAGAUGCACAAGUUGGCAGCGAUCUGUGCUUUGAAGAAAAUACAGCUGGUUCAUAUUAUGCAUAUUGCAAAAACACUAAAGAUCGCUACCUCAGCUGUGCAAAAGAGGAUGUGAAGUGUGGCACAAUCUUUUGCACUAGCAGAAAUAAUCCUAUAACUCAGAAAAGGUUAAACCUGGAUUUGAAUGGGAUAUCUUGCCAUGUCGCUUUACCGGAAACUGAAUCGAGUGACAUUGGUAUGGUACCCACAGGUGCAAAAUGUGGAGACAACAAGGUAUGCUAUAAUAAUGCGUGUCAAGACAUUAAAGUGUACGGAAACAAGAACUGUGCAGCAAAAUGCAGUGACAAUGGGGUGUGUAAUCAUGAAGGACAGUGUCACUGUGACCCUGGCUGGGCUCCGCCCUACUGUAAUGUCAAGUUUUCUGAGCUCACUCAAGGGAGUGCUUUGGCUGUUGGGGUGUCUGUAACUCUGGGAAUUCUUAUACCUCUUAUGCUUGUUAUUGGAGGAUUAAUGUGGUACAAAAAGACAAACAAAGCGGAAUUCCUCACUAAAAAAAAAGUGCCCAGUGCCUCGAGUCUGACAAACCCACUAUUUCACAAAGGCAUUGUGAAUGGCAGUUCUAGGGACAGGAUUCACCAAAUCAGUCAGCCAAUCUUUGUGGAAUCGUCAGUCACUCAAGCCUGCAGUCCAUUGGUUGUCACUGUUGCUUCUAGCCACUCACCCCCCAAGCCACAGGUUAAGCCACCACCCCCAGCAAGACCAUUACCGCCACUAAAUGUAAAUCCGGUCAGAAAGCCACCAGUACCCCCAGUAAAACCUACAGGAUCCACAACUCCUCAGAAACACCAUCAAUUAUAAGUGCUAAUUUGAUAGCUUAAUCUGAAACAAUCUGAAAUUAGACACUUUACUUGAUGGGGCAGAAGUAACGCAGUUGUAAAUAGUGAAGUGUUGCCUAAAUGUGUUUGUUGUAUAUGUUUCUGGUGAAAACAGAGCAUAAUAAAAAUGAUGUUUAACAUGGUAUGUCUGCGGGACAAAAGGCUGCACUGACUCCCAACGCCAAGACCAGGGCCAGUAUGCAUAAAACUUCCUAAGAAUGGUCUUAAGAAUGGUCGUACACUUUGACUUAAGAGUUAAAAAAUCUUAGCAAAAAGUAGGACCUAAGAGCAUUGUAUAAAGAUGCUGAAAGUAACUUUCAGCA